AUCCUUGUCGACGACCACAACGACCACGCCCACCGACUACACGGAAAAUCCGUACUUCAUUCAGGUUUCGUCUCUACUGUCCUUUACCGUCCACCAUCCUGCCUGCCAUGCGCAUUUAUGCUCUCGUUACCGUCCUGGCACUGCCCCUUCUUGCACUAGCUCAAUCUUCUCAGCAGCAGCAGCAAUCUUCACAGCAACCUUCGCAGCAAGCCUCGCAGACCCAGGCUUCCCAGCAGCAGCAGGCAUCUGGGAAUGCCACCUCCCAAUCCGUCAUUCUCUCGACGUCUCUGACCACAGGAGUCACCCUCGGUCCAGGACGGGUUCAGAGCACCUUCACCAGUGGUGUAGUCUUCACAAUUACACCUUCGCCCACACCUACUGGUAACAACACCUCCAACGGAAACAAUACGUCUAAUUCGAACUCUACCUCGUCGAGUCCAUCAUCCACUGGUCCACUUCCAACAGCACCAACAGAUGUCGAUGGUGGGGGUGGUCCAAAUGGUGCUCCAAGUCCAGGCGCAUCUGCGUCGGGUGGUGUCUUGGGUCCAGAUGACAGCUUCACCUCGUCAGUCACCGCUAUGCAUAUCAACACCUUCCUGCUAGUCGUGGCCGGUGUAGCAUUGGGCGGUACCCUGGUGUUAGCGUAGAAGGGAAAGAAGGGUCUUCGGUAUAGCGUAGUUUGGGUUGGAUUGGUGGUGACUUUCGUAGAUCUUGACUGCAUUUUUUCGUCGCAUUUUCAGCAUCGCAUCACGGACCUAUGACAGUGUUAUUCCGUUUGGCACCCAGGAUUUUAUAUCAUCACCUUGCGACUGCCCUCCCAUUUUUCAUUCAUCGGACUUUUGUACUGUAGAGCAGACAUGGAUAAUUUACAGGACGUGGUGGGCUGUUGUCUAAAAUAUGGCUUCAACGUGCCCCUCAUAAGGCGUCUGAUCUC